AUGGCCGACACAGAAAACGACCACUAUGGCAAGAUCGACUUUUGCACGCUGGGAAUGUUCAUCAUCGAUGAGAUCGAGUUUCCCCCACCAAAGCCGCCAGUCAAAGACAUCGUUGGCGGAGCUGGAUCAUAUUCCGCGUUAGGCGCACGCAUCUUCUCCCCGCCGCCACAAUCAGAGUCUGUGGGUUGGAUUGUAGACUGCGGGUCUGACUUCCCACCUGAACUGCGCGACUUUAUUGCACAAUGGAAGACAGGUGCACUGAUACAGUACGAUAAUUGCCUGAAGGCGCUAAAACAUGUCGACAUUGUCAGUCCAAACCACGGGGAACUUGGCGGCUUCUUUGGCAAGAACACCGACGGGAAGGAUCAUGUGGAUUUCCGAACAAUCGAAGAGCUAUGCGGUCAGUGGCUAGACAGUGGGGUCGGUGAUGACAAUGGUGGGGUCGUCGUGCGUUGUGGGAAAGACGGUUGCCUGGUUAUGCGCAAAGGGUUAGGCAAAGGGCUGCGCAAAUGGAUGCCUGCGUACCACCAGUCAGCAGAGAAGGUGGAAGACCCUACAGGAGGAGGCAACAGCUUUCUCGGUGGACUGGCGGUCGGCCUGGUUCGGGUACCAGGGUAUCUCGAGGAGGCUGCGAUUUGGGGGUCCAUCUCGGCGAGCUUCGCCAUUGAGCAAGUCGGUAUGCCCGUUCUCUCACAAUCAGCAGACGGGGAGACGUGGAACGGGGUUCGUGUCGAAGAUAGGCUUUCAGAUUUCAAGCAGCGCCUGGCUAGUUAUAUACAGCCAUAG